UUAUAAAUAACAAAAAUAAAAAUUAUGGAAGAAUAACGCAAGAGAUUGAACUCUUCAAUGACUUAUGAAGAAUAUGUAAACACCUUUGAUAAGGCACCAAAAAAACCUUAUUUAAAACCAAAAUAGGAACCAGAUGUUGGUAUGGAGGAUCUAGAUUUACUUAGUGAUGCUUAAACAGACAUAGUAAACAAAACCUUUAUAACCUAAUAGCCUUAAGUCAAAAAAAAAAUAUACUGCGACCCAAACACUGUAAUUUAAGAGGUUGAAGAAGAUGGCAAAACACCUGUAGUUUGGGUAGAUUAAUAACUUACUCCCAGUCCAAUGAAGAUGGCAAGAUAAAGAACAUAAAGCGAGAAUAUUUAAUUUACUUUUAUAAGUUUUGUUGAAAGAGAAAUUGAGAGAAAGGGAUCACGCAAAUUUGAAUGA